AGUUUGGUUGAGGGCGUCUGCUGAAGAGCGUCGCGGCUCUUCCAGGCCUAGCAGGGAAUCAGGAAAACCAGAGAAACGAGGAAAAGGGAAUUCCUCUCGAAUGACACUUGGAUUCGUCGGAUUGUUAGCGGAAGUAGAGGAUACCAAACGUCGAUACCGGGAACAGGGACAGAGGGCUCAAGUAUUUCAAGCACUCCGGGUGGUGUUGCCACAGGGACAGGCCAGUCGUUCAAGCAAAGACAGGAGAAAAAUCCUUUUUAUUUCCUCCUCUUCUUUUUCUUUCCCUUUGGAUGUUGAGGCCAGUGUUGAGUUCUUCAUCCGAUCCCGCUGUAGGCUGGGUACCCCUCGUCCUCCUCGCGUUUCUGUGGGUUUUCUCGUUUUUGUUUCUCAUUUGCCUUCUCUUUGUCAAGAGCUUCUUCGUUGUCCUGUGCGACUUUCUUCCCUCCAGCAGCUUUCCAUCUCUGUGCGCCAAUCUUACUAGAUAGGAGAAUGCAAGGUCUUUGAGGUAGCGGCAUGCUGCAGCGAUGAAACUUAAAGGAGCAUCGGCUAUCUCUGCAAAAUGGAUGGUUGUGCUGUGCGUUUCCAGUUUCCUCGUCGGGAUGUUGUUUACAAACAGAAUGUGGAAUAUGUCUGAGGACUUUGAAGCUGAAGCACUCAAAGCUCCUGUUAACACUGAGCAUUUGCAGCUUGUUACCGAGAUACAAUGCGAUCCAAAACCGAAACCAGUUACUCCUGAGCGUGAAGUCUACGUUGAGGUAUCUAAGACUCAUCAAGCUAUAAGAAACUUGGACAAAACCAUUUCUUCCUUGGAAAUGGAAUUGGCCGCAGUUCGAGCGGCUCAAGCAUCGACGAUUGGGGGCGGAGCUGCUGAGAAGCCUGCAAUGGAGAAAACCGGCGAAGCCAGGCAAAAAGUUUUCGUUGUGAUUGGGAUCAAUACGGCUUUCAGCAGUCGGAAAAGAAGAGAUUCCAUUCGUGAGACUUGGAUGCCUACUGGUGAAAAACGGAAGCAGCUAGAACAAGAGAAAGGCAUUAUCAUAAAAUUUGUAAUUGGUCACAGUGCAACGCCUGGAGGGAUUCUCGACAACGCUAUUGAAGCAGAAGAUGCUCAACAUGGAGACUUUUUGAGACUGGAUCACGUUGAAGGCUAUCACGAGUUGUCUUCCAAAACUAAAACGUACUUCUCGACGGCAGUCGCUAAGUGGGAUGCGGACUAUUAUGUCAAAGUAGACGACGAUGUUCACAUAAAUCUCGGCAUGCUCACUGUCACUCUGGCUCGGCAUAGAUCCAAGCCUCGCGCCUACAUUGGAUGUAUGAAGUCUGGACCUGUCCUGGCUCAAAAAGGAGUGAAGUAUCACGAACCCGAGUAUUGGAAAUUCGGCGAAGACGGCAAUCGGUACUUUAGGCACGCCACUGGCCAAGUUUAUGCGAUUUCCAGGGACUUGGCAACGUACAUCUCCAUAAACCAGCCUAUUUUGCAUAAGUAUGCGAACGAGGAUGUUUCUCUGGGCUCCUGGUUCAUAGGCCUGGACGUGGAUCAUAUUGACGAUCGUAGUUUUUGUUGUGGAACUCCUCCAGAUUGUGAGUGGAAAGCUCAAGCAGGGAGUGUUUGUGUUGGAUCCUUCGAUUGGACGUGUAGCGGGAUUUGUAGAUCAGUCGAGAGGCUCGGCUUUGUUCAUCAGCGCUGCGGAGAGGGGGAUAGUGCUGUGUGGAACGCAGUUUUAUAGCGAUGGAAGAAGAAAGUUGAUAUCGUGCUGUAGAAUCCAUAGGGCCGGCAAAGUUUUGUAACAUAUCACCGCAUUAAUUUCUAGGAAAUAACAAAGCUGACGGUGCUUUUAA